CAGUGCCAUGCAGACCAUUGAUCUACCAGAUCAUAGUGCACCAAUUAUAGUCUCCGGUUGGGGCCAGUUGAACACCGAAUUGGUCGCUGAUAUUGAGAGCGCAAGGCAAAGCGAAGGAGAAAACUGGAGAGAGGGCGCGCAAUUGCGACUAAUGGUGACAAUCUAUCCCUGCGACGACAGCUACCCGGCGCAAGUCUUUUACAGCAAAUUGUUGAUCACCGAGGCUUGGGACUGGUUCCGAUUUGAACCUCUGAAUAUCAUACCCAGUGUGACCCUGAGUCAUCUCACUGUGGGGUGUGUGCUCCGUAAUGCACCCACAAAUACAAUCGGGUUCUGUGACGAUAUAUCCGUUACUCAGGGCGAGCACGUAGAUCUUGACGAGUCACAAUGUGUUGUACCGGAGACGAAGAUUACAGAAGUCACAUCCAUUACUGAUGUACUCGAUAACAACGGCAUUCCGUCCGAGGCGUUGGAAGACAGCUGGACUAGUGAUACGGUAGACAACACACAGGAAGAGAAUAUAGACGUGGUGAAUGAUAGUGCAGAUGACGUUGAUGAAGAAUAUACUUUAGAUCAAGUUGUAACUCUACGUGAUGAACAAACAGAGUAUGCAAGCUGUGAUUUUCUGAACCGGACAAUAACCAUGACCAGCUCUUCAAGUAUAACGACGGCUACAACAGAAAAGACCACUGAGGUAACAACGACAGUAUCAGGUACACCUAGUGUUAUUACCGGCAGUGAGGAGUGGACCACCACUGCGGCAUAUGCCACCACCACUGAAACUGCGACCGUAUCGGCGACAGAUGCAGGAAACACAAUAAGCGAUUCCACUGACGACACUAGCACAUCCGUGAUCGAAGCGAUUGAUUCAGUAGAAAGUGACACCCAGCUUUACGUGGAUUCUGCUUUAUCUGAGGGUUCGAUUAAGGCGACAGCUACGAGCGAGGCAUCUGCGUGCACGUGUGGAUGGUGGAGCGAGUGGACAGCUGAUUGCCAGAUUACGGAAGAAAAGAUAAAUCCUGAUGGAAGUGCAUGUGGUAGCGGUAUCAUUACACGGCAUAAGGUAUGCAAUGAACUGUGCCAAGCGCCUAAGGUGAUUAGCUACAGAAAGUGUUCGGUAGUAUGCCAUCCCAUGGCCGAAUUGGUAGUCACCGACAACGGCGAAGUUUCUUCGGACGAUACGUCAUCCGCCACUAGUAUAGCGCUCAUAGUGAGUAUUGUCUCUGGUGUGUUAUUUAUUAUCCUGGUUGCGAUGACCAGUACUCAUUUGUGGCGCUCGCGGCGUCGUCGAAGACAAAGGGAAGCUUUGGCGAAAGAGAAGGAGGCCAACCUCCGAAGGUCACAGCCGUUGCCUGCCGUACCCAUUAAAGGACCUAUCAUGAUGGCGGGUGUGCUGGUGACUGUGGAGGAGGCGAGCGAAGAAGAAGACAACUCAACCGACAACUACAGUAUUGAUAUGGAUGAGGAGAACGAGGAGAACAAUUCAAAAUUAUAGUGGACCCAUCUGGCGCAAAGAAGAAAAAAGUUCGCGCGAACACUACGCGUGUGAAUCAAAUAUUAGUAGUUAAACAACAACAUAAUUUAGUUGAAGCAUACCUUUUACAACGAACGACAACAACACCAGAAACGAACGUUAAGUGACUGAAUAUGUCUAUGCUCAAGUCAGUGCAGUAUCAUUGAUCUGAGCCUAGACAUGUCCAUGUUUGACAUCUUCCGACCGGUAUGUAAAUCACGGAAUAUCUUUUGAAAAUAAAUAACUUGACAACAAA